AUGACUGGAAUUCAGUUUUACAAUUACUUGGGAAUUUCUGAUCCCGAAUUUACGCACUCUGAUGAUAUAACAUGUCGAAUGAUCAAUCCGGAAAGCAUAAAAGCUGCUUUAUCGUCCGAAUCUCCAGAUCACGAUGCGAUUGAAAAAAUGCGUGGGAAGUAUAGAGGCACUGCAAGACCAGCCUCGCAGCAGUCAAUUGUUUACGGUAGUGACAGAAUAGAACCAGUGAGGCAAUCAUCCAGUCCCAUUGAGCUCAUCACUAUCACAAAUGCGCCAGUGUCAUCUUCUGCACAGCCUGAAAAGAUCACUUCAAAGAGGUCUUUCGAAACCGCGGGUCAAUCGCCAUCAUUGUCAAAUCCAGAGGUUACGCCCGCGGAGCAAGAAAAGAGGUGGACCUUUCCAGAAAGGGGAAUUUCUGGGGACAGCGCUGCACAGGAUCCGUCGCCACCAAGGACGGAAGUGCCAAUAUCGCAACCGAAUGCACCUGAAGUAUAUGAGACAGUUGCGGCGCCAACGGAAGAUAUGAAGGAGCAUAGAAAAGCCACACCCAGAAGGUUUUUUGAAACCCCAAGUCAAUUGCCUUCAUCACUAGGUCGAGGUUCUUCGCCUCGUAUUAGUUCUUUGUCUGCACAAAAAUCGGCAUCACCAAUUGUCUCGUUCAAGACGCCGAACAAUUCCUCAUCAAAACACACAAGACGCACUGAGCCGGAGAGCCCAACCCAGGGAAAGGCACCGCAUAUCAUGAAUGAAAGAGUGCCUUCAAUAGAGUGCAAACCGCAAGGAUUUUCAUCGAGACCAUCACUUGAGAGGUCAAUAUCUCCGCCACCAUCACGAAGGGAGUCUACAGCAGCAUCAAACAAACCGGAAAAGGUUAUGGAUUGGCUAAAAAAUAAAGAACAGCCGAUGAGGGUUGAAAAAUCAACCAAGUCUCCAUCGACCGCACAAACAUACAAGGGAAAGUGGGAAUUUGGCAAAUAUCUCGCGCGAAAACGAAUCGAGAGUAGUAGUCGCCCUCCAAGAUUGACACCGAGGACUAGUUUUAGCUUAAAGCCUAGAUCUAAUAGUGGCAGUAAUGCUUCGUCCAUGUAG